GAGCGAGGAACCGAAAUUCUAACCGCCUAUCUCGCGCUCUCUCCUUUUUUGUCUAUAAAUAUAAAGGAUCGUUUGGCGUUGCCUUUAAGCUCCGGAGAUCCCUGAAGAAUACUUUACUGGAAAAAAAAAAUCUCUGGGGAGAAAGACCGGCAUAGAGCAAAGAUGAGGGCUUCAUGCACGGAUGGUAGGGAGGAAGUCAUUGAAGCAUGGUACAUGGACGAUAGUGAUGAGGACCAGAGACUUCCCCAUCACCGAGAUCCGAAGGAGUUUGUGUCAUUGGACCACAUUGCAGAACUUGGUGUUCUCAGCUGGCGUUUAGAUGCAGACAAUUACGAAACUGAUGAGGAAUUGAAGAAGAUCCGUGAAGCUCGUGGAUAUUCCUAUAUGGACUUCUUGAAGGUGUGCCCAGAAAAGCUACCAAACUAUGAGGAAAAGAUAAAAUGUUUCUUUGAAGAACAUCUUCACAUUGAUGAGGAAAUCCGCUACUGUGUAGCAGGAAGUGGUUACUUUGAUGUGAGGGACCAAGAUGACCGCUGGAUCCGCAUAUCGGUGAAGAAAGGGGCUAUGAUUGUCCUACCGGCUGGAAUUUAUCACCGCUUCACAUUGGAUAGCAACAACUACAUUGAGGCAAUGCGGCUCUUUGUGGGAGAUCCAGUGUGGACUCCUUUUAAUCGCCCUCAUGAUCAUCUUCCAGCGAGGAAUGAGUAUCUUGAAACUUUUGUUAAGAAGGAUGUCUCAAACCAAGCUGUUGAUGCCGCUGCUUAAAGUCUCAUUUCCACAUCCUAUACCUCACGGGUUUCAUUACUUUAUGUUCUCAGCUGUAUUGUGUUGUCAAAUGCUGAUCAUCUUCAGCUUUGUGCAAACUAAUAUUAUCCAAAGAAAAAUACCUGAAAUAAAUUUUCUUUCUUCA